AUAAUAAUUAAUCUAAAAUAAAAUAAAACGAAGUAUAAACAAAUAAACAAACAAUCAUCACAAAAACUAUUAAAAAUGAACUAAAAUAUUGAAAUCGUUUAAGAUACCUACUAACCUGGUAAAACCACUUUCUAAAACAAUUGUAACACUUGUCAUGGUUAUGACACUGAAGGUGAUUGUAGCUUUUUAAUGUCAGUUAACUCAAUUGCUCCUUAAAAGUCAUUCAAGACCUAGAGCAUCUUCACAUACAAGCCUGUUAACUUCAACUUUUAAUAUGGAAACAAAGAUGAAGUCAGCACUAUUAUGGAUCAAAUUAAGAGAUUUUGA